GGUCAUGUAAUCCUUUUAUCUUGGUAGUCUCUUUGCUGAUAUCAGACCAUGGUGACGUGAAAAACUUUGGAGGUCCUUUAAUGCUCCGGCCGGAAUGCAAGGGCUUCACUUUGUGUUGAAAAGUGGUGGGAAGAUUACAUUCUGAAUUUGUUGGGGGCAUUCUUGCAAUCAUUACGGUAAUCCUGACAGCGGCUCCGAGUGUCAGCUGAUCAUCCUUUACUGGCGAGUGAGGAGGAAAAUCAGCUGAACGAAAACACUGCUGGCUAGUUCAAACCAUGGCUGCGGAGAUUCAUUCGAGGCCCCACACCGCUAGACCUGUUCUUUUGAACAAGAUCGAGGGACACUCAGACGCUGUCAACGCAGCCGUUUUAAUACCAAAAGAAGAUGGAGUGAUCACGGUUAGCGAGGACAGAACCAUCCGAGUGUGGCUGAAAAGAGACAGCGGUCAGUACUGGCCAAGCAUCUACCACACAGUCUCCUCUCCAUGCUCUUGCAUGUCGUACCACCAUGACAGCAGACGCAUCUUCAUAGGCCAGGACAAUGGAGCUGUUGUGGAGUUUCUCAUCUCUGAAGAUUUCAACAAGAUGAACCACGUCAAAACAUAUCCAGCCCACCAGAACCGUGUGUCAGAUAUGGUGUUCUCCCUGGAGAGCGAGUGGGUGGUGAGUACCGGCCAUGACAAGAGCGUGAGCUGGAUGUGCACCCAGAGUGGCAGCAUGCUGGGGAGACACUACUUCACCGCCUGGGCCUCCUGCCUACAAUACGAUCACGAGACGCAGCAUGCCUUUGUUGGCGAUUACUCAGGACAGAUCACGCUGCUGAAACUGGAGAAGCAGACGUACUCCACAAUCACUACACUGAAGGGUCACGAAGGUAGUAUAGCAACCCUGUGGUGGGACCCCGUCCAGAGGCUGCUGUUCUCAGGGGCCUCCGACCACAGCGUCAUCAUGUGGGACAUUGGGGGCCGCAAAGGACGUACGUUACUGUUGCAGGGACACCACGAGCGUGUUCAGGCCUUGCGUUACCUCCAGUUGACCAGGCAGUUGUUGUCGUGCUCAGCUGACGGAGGCAUUGCAGUGUGGAACAUGGACACACAGAGAGAAGAGGCGCCCCAGUGGUUAGACAGCGACUCUUGUCAGAAGUGCGAGCAGCCUUUCUUCUGGAACAUCAAGCAGAUGUGGGACACUAAAACCCUGGGACUCAGACAGCACCACUGCAGGAAGUGUGGCAAGGCUGUGUGUGGAAAAUGUAGUUCUAAACGCUCCACAUUUCCAAUCAUGGGCUUCGAGUUCCCAGUGCGGGUGUGUGAUGCCUGCUUUGAUACCAUCAAAGAAGAGGAUCGAACACCAUUGGCCACGUUCCACGAGGGGAAACACAACAUCGCCCACAUGGACAUGGACCCAUCCAGAGGCCUGAUGGUCACUUGUGGAAGCGACCGCAUUGUUAAGAUCUGGGAUAUGACGCAGGUGGUUGGCUGUAGCUUAGCAACAGGCUUCUCUCCGCGCUGAUUGGCCCAGCCCACUACAUGGUCCCCACCCCACCCCCACCCCACCCCCGUGCUCCGCCUACUCUUCCAAUGUCAUGGAAACCCCUCUGUACGGUGUAUCUGCCCAUCACGCCUGGGAUCUUCAGCUACAACCAGGCCUGCUCUUGGUGAAUGUGUGUGUGUGUGUGUGUGUGUGUGUGUGUGUGUGUGUGUGUGUGUGUGUGUGUGUGUGUGUGUGUGUGUGUGUGUGUGUGUGUGUAUGUGUGUGUAGAUAGUGCAGCCCUCCACAUUCCUUUUGCUUCUCAUAACAAAUUUGUCUUUAAUUUCACUGUCAGUCCUACAUGAAAGUGUGUGUUUUGACUUUUUGCUCUGAUCCGAAACAGAACCCUAAGCACAAAGGUGUGUGUGUACAUGUGUGCAUGUAUCGUAAUGAUUUCUCCUAUGGGAGGAAUGGUAUUAAUAUUAGUGUUUACAUUAUAUUAAUAUUUCCAAUGCUUCUUUUGACAAAGGUCAUUUUUUAUUACCCUUGCACUGUAAAGUUAGUUUUCACUAAAUCGCUGACCUGCCAUCCCUGUAGAAACAUACACUAGCUUGCUUAUUACUGUGGCCCACUAACUGCCUAUUGCUCAGUCACUGUAACAUGUACAAAAAACCCUAAUCAUCUGUAUAUACCCCUGCAUCACGUGUAUAGUAGAUACUUGCUUGAAAUGACUCUCACUGAUCUUUAUUACUUUACUUUAUUCCUCUCUUUUUUUUUUUUUUUGUUGUUUUUGUCUUUCACUAGUUGGCCUUAAAUCACUCUCAGGAGGUUUGACAUCAGUAGGUUGUCACUGGGCGGGACUCUUCGUGUCAGUCAUAACCAUUAUGAAUGUGUAAUCACUCAAGCAUGGUAAGAAAAUCAAUGGAACAGCCUCUUUCUCGAUAGAUGAAGGAAAUCUCUUGACACACUCAAAGAUGCUGCCAUAGAAAUUUGAUGUACUUGUCAGACGUUUGCAUGGCAGCACUGACCCAGCCAGGUGAGGCAUGGGAAAUCGGAAUAUGUUGCUAUGGUGACACGCACUGACAGCAUCAAACACCCUGUCACAGUCAUCCUGAGGUGCACCGGUAGAAUUACAACUACAAGAUUUGAUUAGUGUGACUUGUGAUCAUUUCAGCUUUAUGGGUUGAGGCUCCAGCUUUAUUUUGGGAUAGCACAGCAUCACCGCCUCCUGGAUAUGUAUCACUCUCCGCAAAAAACUGUCAUUGUGUAGGUAGAUACCACACGGCACUGAUGGUGCCCAAGACUCUAAUGCCUUAUGAGAAUUACUUUUCUUCUGUAAUUUAAAAAAUAUAAAUAUUGCAAUUUUUUUGUUGUGAUGCGAAAUUGGAUUUCCUCCCACCAGAAAGGCACUUAGGUACUGGACAGCUACUCUAAACUAAAUGUAGCACUAAAUGCAGGCGUGUUGAAUUGUCCCCAGCUGAAUCGUGGGUGAUCCUUCAAAAGCCUUAUUAUAGAGAGGAGGACACACUCACAAAGGCUUGUCAGUGCUUACGACGGUUCACUCAUGCUCAUUCACUCAUGCACUCACCUCGUUAUAAAGCUCUGGAUGUCUCGUUUGCGUCUCGUUUCAUCCUGCUUUUUCCAAAUUCUGUUCUGAGCUCUCCUACUUUCCCCACGCAUCUGUGUAUGAAGGAUGUCUCUCUACGCUCUCACCACUGCACUGAAUUGCACAACUCAUGGUCUUUGUGUUUGAAUUAAACAAAACAUUUUUGUAAAAUUUGGGAGGGGUAAUAGCUGGAUUCGAUGUAGCGUCCUUGUGAAUAGCGGCUAGGAUCUUCUAAUGUUAGACUAACGCUUGCCUUAUUGUAAGUGGAAUAAUGAGCAUUAUAAUGUUGGACUUCCUGAUUUCAAAAUAUAGUCACAUUCCAGUUUUUUGAUCAUGUAGUGUAUAUUUAUAUUUGUAGUAAAGUAUUUAUCUGUUAUCAUUGUAAAUGGUUAACUUUUCUUUGUGCCCAUCUAGUAGUCCUUAUUUCCUCGUAAUAACAAACUAGAACAUGUUAAACAGUCUUUAAUAAAGCACAUGCAAACUCAUUAAUGUGGAGACGGACUGCAGAUCAUGCAGUAUUUUACAUCCUAACAUGGACAGAGAUUGAUUGGUGAAUCAAGUGACGGCAGUGGUUGUCAUGUGACCACUAUUGUUACCCAUCAUCAAGACCUUACUCCAUGAUAUUUAGAUGUCACACAAUCAUACUUGGGGUUAGACUGAAAGCUGACACUGAUUCAAUUUGUCAGUAGAAGAUAUUUUCCACGAAUGUUCAUUAUUUUUAAAUUUGAGCAUUUCUGUCCUUUUUUGUUGUUUCCUGCCAAAAAUGGAUUGAAAGGUCAAAGGUGGCCUCUAAAGACCAGGACUUUUUUUCAGGGUCUGGAUUCUGGAACCUCUGGGAUAAAACAUGCCUUAAAUUGUUCCGCAUAAUUAUCAGAACAAAAAUAUUUUUUUUAUUUUUGGGCCACUUGGGUGCAGCCAAACAACCUGAACACACAACAUUAUCACUUUAUAAAGUUGAUAUGGUGAACAUGUAAUCAAGCAGGUGCCUAUUUACACAACAUGGAGCAACAUUAGCUUGCUGCUGCUGCCUCAGAAAACCAAAACAAUUAGCUAAAAACAUUUUUUUUAUCGGUCGUUAAUGGAUAAAUGUGCAAGAUGUUAAAGCUAUAAAACAUGGAUGGAUUUUUUUUUUGUCCACUCAGGGGUAGUGGAACCAGCUGUAAACAACAUUCACAUAUUGUCACAUUCUAAGAGAAAUAUCUGGCUCUUUAGCCGCUAAAUGCUUGAAUGUGUUCACCAGCUUGUCGCUAACCUUGUCUGUCAGCCGUGUCGUCAGUAUUGGCAAACCAGUCCAACCCUAAGUAUCAUAAAACGUCAUGUCACAAAGCGUCAUCAGGGAGCUACAGGGUUAUUGAAGAUGCUACCGUACAAUCAGGAGGCAAAGCUCUCCUUUCCUUUUUCAGUUAACUGGACAUUAAAGCUUCUUCCAGUCAAUAUUUCUUAUGUCCUUUUGUAACAGAUUGCAUUUGAUGAUAAAAGGCUUUCUGGCUCUGGAAGCUUAACUCCAUAACAGAUGGACAAGAUGUUUAUGGUAUGAUGGAUGGCAGGAUGUGCUGUUUGCAGAAACAGCUAAUGAAAUAAAUCUUCAGAUUGCCAGCCAGUUGCAGGAAGGAAGGAACAGAUUUCCUCAUGUUGUAAAUGGCUUAUUAUUAUUAUUAUUAUUAUUAGCAGUUGUAGGGUUCAUUUUUGUUUUUGUCUUCUUUAGUUCAUCCAGCACUAGAAUGGAUGGCCUUCAUGUUGAGGCCACAUCAACACUUUAAAGAUGACUCAUUUUCCACAUCACCAUGGCCCAUAAUCUCAAUCUCUGUAAACUGAUUUCUGUUCGGUUUGACUUCAGAUGCUUGUAAAAGACACUUGCUGUUCCAACAUGAUGUUGUUAAUGUACAUCUCAAAAUAAUUGUAUUUUUAAAUACUUCUGUUGACAACACAGUACUCUCUCUGUGUCCUGGUUUGAGGGCACAGAGAGACUAAAGUAUUAAUGCUUAAUAAAGAUAUUCUGAUAUGUUUA